AUGCGCGAGCUUCGUGCAGCAAACGCGCACGUCGACGAGGCAGCGUCUAUUGCUGGAUCUGCGAGGGAAGAGGUUGAACGCAUUCGGAAUGAUCUCGCGGUCUUGAAGAAAGAGAGGGACCACGCUUGCACUCCAAUCGCUCCAGGAGAUCUUCUUCCAGUCCAAUCCCUCGAAGGCAUUGACGUCGCCUUGCAAGCGUUGGAUCAACGAACACGUACGCGGGCUCAAGUACUCCCGCCUGCGGAGCAGCGUCUCGCCAUGGCAGAGAAAGUCCUAGAGGGGCUUGUAGAGGAGCGUUUGCGCCUUGCAUCGCAGGUGUCCCCGGCGCAGGUCGUUCCCGAAGAGAUAUGGAUCAAGAUAUGGAUCUGGGCCGACAUACUUUCCCCUCCGCGGGACAGGCCGCGAUUCCCAUUUGCGAUAUCCUGGGUGAACAUGCGCUGGAGGGCCAUAAUCUUGCGAUCGCCCAUAAUGUGGAGUCAUAUCGAGGUCUCGCUGGAUAGUUCACCUCAGCUCCUGCGAUUGCGAAUACAGAGAUCGGGCCCUUGUCUUCUGAAUGUAUACCUCCGGUUUAGGACCUGGAAUCGUAAUUGGAAUUCGACGAAUGGGGGCAGAGAGAGGCUGGGAAUUCUCUUGCGCGAGCUUUCGCCAUGUAUCCACCGAUGGGUGUCAUUUCACCUGGGGGAGAGCAUGUGGACUACGUCCUCCUUCGAUUGGCCUAUGUUCGCUCGCGCCAUUGAGGAGAUGCUCGGGAAUAAGAGCAAUCUGCCGCCCAUAUCGAGCGAAGUCAAAAGGGGCGGUGUCUGCGUCCUCGGGUGGUCUUCUGGGAACGGCUUGGCCGCUGCAGCGCUUGCGAACGCGCAUAGACUCCCCGCCGAAGGUCAGAAGCGCUUCGCGGAUUAUAUUCGCGCGUAUGUUAUGCAAGAACACCCCUCCAUCUUCUUUGGCCUACCUCUCUCGCCGACGCUCUGGUCUCCUCACAUGGACGGGUCUAUCCCAGAGGACUGGCAGACGCCCUUCUAUACCCGUUGGAUCACCUCAUACUUCGAUCAUGGCGAACUGGCGUCUCGCAACGUUCAUGUGCUAUCCUACAUUGUGCCCGGCACCACACGUGCUCCGUCGAUCUACAACACGUCUGUUGAGGAGCUUUCGGAAAUGAUCGACGAAGGGCCACAGGAGCUAGCUGGCAUGUUCACGACCCAAGCUCAAGCCAAUGCGAUUUACCGGAAAUCUUUGUUACACGAAGGCGUUCGUGCCACGAUGCCUAGGUUGAAGGUGUCGCUGCUGACGGGCGAUGCAACUUGCUCGUUUUCGCUGAAUGCCUUGUGGUCGAUUCACGAUGAUGAUGAGAAGAACGGAGGUGGCUUUGUGCGUUUCAGCAUCAUACCGGGCGUGAACCACUUCAUGCACUGGGACGAACCUGAGAAAGAUUUCAAUGCAUACAUGGACGCAUCGCUCUUGUGA